AAGGAAAUAACACAUCAGGCACCCUGGGAGGGAGACAAAUGAGCAGGGAUGGAGGGAGAGAGGGAGGAACAGGAAGAGAGCAUGCAAAGUGGGACGGCUUCUACCCAGGUUGACACACUGACUCAGAACUGCAGUGAGGAGAGCGACGGGCCUCAAAACCUACAGGAACCAGAGGAGGCCGACCAGACAGUGGGCAGUGGGGCCUGUAAUGGAGAGGAAGAAGCCAGCCAGGCUGGGGAGGAUCUAUGUAUCAGCGACACAGAGACCUUACCACAGGAGACUCUGAUAGCCACAAACACACAGGACGAUGCUGACUGCCUCCCAUUGUCCCCCCUGCCAACAGAGGAAGAGCUGACCCCCCCUUCAGCGUCAUCUCAUCCUUCCAACACACAGAAUCGCCCGUCUGAACCCUGCUGGUAUUGCCUGAGGUCUCUUGACUCAGAGUAUCGUCCUGAAACUCCUAAACAGGAAGACUCCAAUCCUUUGUCACCCCUUCCCUCUAGUGGCCAGAAAGUGAGCUACCAGACAGACCCUCGACCCCAUUUUGGUGUAGCUUGGUCCUCCCACUCCACAUGUCGCCCUUUGUGGGGCAGCGAGGGGCCCUGCUGGGGGCAAAGAAACCAGGAAGUGCCCGAUCAGACGCACACCUGCCCUCACUGCCAUCUGGGGCUGCCCCCUGACACACUGCGUUGGCAUGAGGCCAAGUGUCUACUGUUUGAAGGGCUGAGGAACUCAAAGAAGUAAAUGGAGUCGUCAUCAGUGAAAAAUGUUGCUAGAAUUUUGUAAAAUAUAAUGCUGUCUACUCUGUGUAUUCAUGCUCUCAGGAAAUACUUUGCACCUAAAAGUUAUGUGCAAUAUCUGUCUCUGCUAGUAAAGAACUAUAUGUUAACACCCAAGUUAGCCAUGCUCCUUUCUUAU